AUGGGUGAACUCGUAGAUGGGUUUCUGUCAGUGAGUGAAACGGAUUGCUCAUCGAUUAUAAAGGGAAGCGUCACAGAAGAAGGGGAGAAGGCUUUUGAAGAAACUGGGUCAAUUAAUGGUGAUUUGGCCAUGGAAGUUUAUGGUUUUUCUGAGGCUGUCACGGAUGCAAACAAAGCAAUGGAGUUGGAUGCUUCCAUGUCUAAAGCUUACUUGCGUAAAGCUACGGCAUGUAUGAAGCUUGAGGAGUACCAAACUGCUAAGGCUGCAUUGGAGAAUGGUGCUGCUUUGGCACCAGGAGAUUCAAGAUUUUCUAAGUUGAUCAAAGAAUGUGAAGAGCGCAUUUCUGAGGAACAAGUCGAGCUACCAAAGCAGAUGCUGAAAGAGGUGGCAACAAAUUCCGUACCGCAAAAAGAAGUUAAUCCAGUAAAGGAUGUGCCUGUUCCAAUGGCAACAAAUGCUGUACCUCAAAAAGAAUUUGAUCCAGUGAAGGAUGUGCCUGUUCCGACGGCAAAAAAUGCUGUACCUGCCAAAGAAGUGAAGCAUUCAUUUUACCAGAAACUAGAGGAAGUGGUUGUCACAAUAUUUGCCAAGGGAAUACCGCGAGAAUGUGUUAAAGUAGAUUAUGGUGAACAAAUUCUAAACGUUGCCAUUGAAGUUCCUGGAAAAGAUUCAUAUCAUUUCCAACCUCGAUUAUUUGUAAAGAUAAUACCUGAUAGGUGCAGAUAUGAUGUUUUGUCAAUCAAAAUUGAGAUUCGACUGGUGAAAGCUGAACCUAUUCACUGGGCAACCCUUGAAUUCAGCAGGGAAGUUGCUGUUCCCCAAAGGGUUAAUGUAUCUUCAGGUAAGUUGAAAUUUAACUGCAUGUAUCCAUCCUCCAAACCAAAGAGGGUUGAUUGGGAUAAAAUUGAAGCUCAAGUAAAGGAGGAGGAGAAAGAUGAAAAACUUGAUGGUGAUGCAGCUUUGAAUAAGUUUUUCCGGGACAUUUAUCAGGAUGCUGAUGAGGACGCAAGGAGAGCUAUGCAAAAAUCUUUUGUGGAAUCAAAUGGGACAGUGCUUUCAACAAACUGGAAAGAAGUUGGUGCAAAGAAGGUCGAAGGAAGUCCUCCGGAUGGUAUGGAAAUGAAGGAGUGGGAGUACUGAGCUCUUUGUUCUAAAUGGAAAAUACUGUAACUUUGUUCUGCGUCAAAUGUCGGAAUCUGCU